AUGGAGCAACAACAAGGUCUGAUUCGUUUCGAAGUGGUGUACAAUGACAGCCAGGACGAGUCGAUGCGGCGGCUGACAGAGCUGAAGAAUAUCUUCCAGAAGCAAUUGCCCAAAAUGCCAAAGGAGUAUAUCGCCAGACUAGUAUAUGACAGAAACCACUCGAGCUUGGCUAUCGUCAAGGCGAACGGCCAUGUGGUUGGUGGCAUUACAUUCAGGCUUUUUGAGCAGAGGGAGUUUGCGGAGAUUGUUUUUUGUGCCGUGUCGUCAUCAGAGCAAGUGAAGGGAUUUACCAAGGAGGUCACAUUCGAUAAGCGCUUGUGGAUGGGAUAUAUAAAGGACUAUGAGGGCGGCACACUGAUGCAGUGCUCGAUGGUUCCAAAGGUCGAGUACCUGAAGGUCAAGGAUAUUUUAGCCAAGCAGCGCGAGCUGGGUGGAAAUAUUGCUUGA